GGAGAAGAGAAAACGAGUGAAAGCGAAAGAGAGGCACGGAGGAAAGAGAGGAGAGAAACAAGAAAUUUUCAUCUGACCUAGAUUGUUAACGCUGCAACGAGAAUUCGCGAGAGUUAGCAACGAAAUAUAUUGCGUAGGAAUACACUGUAGGCCCGCUAUCGUUAAGACAGGAGGAACUAUUUUUUUCUGUCCGGCUGGCCUCCCAGCAAUAGUUGAAAUUUCUGUAGCAGUUUGUGAUUCACUCUUUAAUCACUCUAAAUCGUCGUCUUCUUUCAAUCAUCAGAAAUGUCGGAUAGGGAGCAAAUGGUUUACAAGGCCAAAUUGGCUGAACAGGCUGAAAGAUAUGACGAAAUGGUGGAAAGCAUGAAAGAGGUGGCCGACCAGGGGAUUGAAUUAUCUGUGGAGGAAAGAAACCUUUUAUCAGUUGCAUAUAAAAAUGUGAUAGGUGCUCGUCGAGCCUCCUGGAGAAUUGUCAGCAGUCUAGAGCAAAAGGAAGAAGCUAAAGGCAGUGAACAGCGAGUAAAUUUGAUUAGAGCCUACAGAGAAAAGAUUGAAGGUGAACUUCAAGAUAUUUGCAAUGAUGUUUUAGCUGUUUUGGAUAAGAAACUUUUAACUAAUGCUUCAACUGGAGAAUCUAGAGUGUUUUAUUACAAAAUGAAAGGUGAUUACCAUCGCUACUUGGCAGAAUUUGCCACUGGGGAGGAGAGGAAGGACGCUGCUGACAAUAGUUUACUUGCCUACAAGGCGGCAAGUGAAUAUGCCUUAAAGGACCUACCUCCCACCCACCCGAUACGAUUAGGCUUGGCACUCAAUUUCUCUGUCUUCUAUUAUGAGAUCUUCAAUACACCUGACCGUGCUUGUCGAUUGGCCAAGUGUGCAUUUGAUGAAGCAAUUGCUGAGCUGGAUACGCUGAGUGAAGAGAGCUACAAAGAUUCCACCCUUAUAAUGCAGCUACUGAGAGACAACCUUACUCUCUGGACAUCAGAUAUGCAGGCUGAAGAUUGUGAACAUAAAGCUGAGGGGCAACCAGAAGGUGAGACAGAGGAAGUGUCAUAAACAGCAACCCAUUUAGUUGAAUCUAUUUGCACAUGAAACAGAAUAAUAAUAAUAAUGAUAAUAUAAUAAGAAUAAUAUAAUAAUAAUAAUAAUAUAAUAAUAUUGGUCUUCUUGUCACUCUCUCUGGCCAUGACUAUUAUCAUUUUUCUCUUGUACAUUGUUCUGUAUUGAUAUGUUAUCUGUAUAAAAGUGACCAACCAAACCAUGUCCAUUAUUUCAUAGCGCUACCAAAGGCCAGUCAUGACCAUAUUAUGAGUGGAAGAGACAUGCAUGCUAGUGCAUGCACACACACACACACAUAUGCACACAUACACAUAGUGAAAAAACAGUGUAUUCUCUUAUUCUUCUCUGAUUUGUUUAGUUGUUUCUCAUCUCUCUCUCUUUAGAAUCUGUUCAAUUUUGUCUCCUCACUCCCUUCCAUUUCAUUGUCUUUCACUAAGCUAACUUAGCUCUCUUUUAAGUUUCUUUCUUUCUAAUUAAAUAAUUAAAAGAGAAAAAAAAAAGUUUGUCAAUCAUUUCUAUUCUGGCUAAAUGUGGACCAAACCAGCUCUGUCUUUCAGCCAGUGAUAAUGUCACACUUUUCCCCUCUAUCCUUUUCAAUAAAACUUUAAAAUUAAAAAAUAACAAUUAGUAUUUGUUAAGAAAAGUGGAAAAAAUACAAUUUUGAAUGUGGGAAAAAUGGGGGGGAAAAUUGAAAAAGAAAACUUUCUUUGAUACAUACAAGUCUUGAUAUUUUAUUGGUUUCUGAUAGUCCUCUGUAGAAAAUUGUUCUCAAAUCAGUCAGAAAUUUCACAUUGAAAUUUUUUAUUAUUGUUAUUAUUAUUAUUAUUUUGUCUUGCCCUUCCCUUGGUCACCGGUGGCAGUGUCAAAAAUUUAAGUGAAAAAUAAAAUUUUGAAAGCUACUUAUUAAUUACACCUACAACUAAAAUAAAAAAAAAAGUUUUAAAAGUAUUGGAAAAUUAUUUUAUUCUUCCUCCUUCCCCCCAGUAUGCCUAAACCUGCUCUUUGCUCUGCAUUCAUGGAUGCUUUUUUUGACUUGACAUCCUCAGCAUUGAAGUAAAGUUACAUUGUUUAUAUAUCACAUUGGGUUGAUAAUAUAGUCCAGUAGCCAGCUGCAUUGUUUCUUUGUUUUUUGUGCUGGAAUUGUGCUUUCUGACUGACCAGUUGUUGGUGGUGGUGGUGGUGAUAGUAGUAGUAAGGUCUCAUGAGGGUUAGGCUGUAUCAAUCAAUUUUUGCUGGUAAGACCUCCCGUGUGUAUGUGUGUGUGUGGCUGGCUGAUUGAAUUAAAUUUUUAUACCUUAACAUCUCUUUGUGUCUCUUAAUUAUGAAGCUGUUUUUCAUUUCUCUUCUUCAUUGCUUUCUUUUGGCUUCCUCUUUCUCUCUCUCUUUCGUAUGGCUUCUCCUGUUUAUUUGUACCAUCGACAUCACCACUACCACUGCCACUUAUUUAUUUACUCUUAUUUUCUUGAUUUUUAUCUAUUAACUGUAUUUAUGAGGUCUUGCUUGCUAAUUUAUGUCAGUCCUCCAAUACUAGGUAUACAUCCCUAGGUAUGCACAUGUGUAUGGUAUCUGUCUGUAUGUGCGUGUAUGUGUAUAUAUAUGUGUGUGUGUAUAUAUAUAUAUAUAUAUAUAUAUAUCAUAUAUAUCAUAUAUAAAGAGAGAGAGAGAAUCAAUUUUGUUUUUCAACAUUAAAACAUUCACAUUAUUAUCAUGAUUUUCCAAUUUUCUUUUCCACUCCAUAUACCUCAUCUGGUAAAUAUACUGCCUCUUUUCAAGCAAAUUGCUUUUUAUAAUGGAAGGACUCGUCAGAGUUAUAUAUACAUAUAUAUAUAUUUUUCAUUUUUAUUUAUUUAUUUUUAAAACAUAUGCAAUGAUUUAAAAAUCUAUUUAGUAAAAAACCAAAAAAAUUGUCACUAUUUGAAUAAUUUGAUUUUCUAGCCGUAGUAAUUUGGCUGGGAUUCUGUGGCACUGAAUCACUUAUCUGUUUUUAUUUACUUAGUGGGUUGAUGGUAGUGGUUUUGCUGGGGAUUUUUUGUCUGUCAAGGCAGAGCUGUUAAUUGUUAUAUUUUUUAUUACUUAGCAAUAAUUAAAUAUUGUUGAAUUGAUACAACUUCAGAAAACCUUUUUCUCAUUAAGACAAUGAAUCUAGGUCUUUAUACAUGAGCAUACACACGCAUACAUGCACAUUCUGUCUAAUAGGGUUCUAUUUAUCAACUGUGUUCACAAUAACUACUGCCUUGCAUGUUGAAUUUUCAUGCAAGAAAAGGCUGGUGAAAUGACCUUUGGCCACUAUCUUUGAAUUCAUUCUCCAACCAGAAAUAAGUUUACUUCGCUGGUUUUAUUAUUUUGUGAUACAAAAACUGUAUACUUUCUCCUUCUUUCUGGUUUCCUACAUUUCAUAAACUCUGAUCUUGUCGGUAUUUCUGUGCAUGUCUAUCUGUGUUGUCUCUGGCACCAAAAUAUAGUUGGUGCCACUCUCAUUCAACCUUACAUGAUUUUAGUAUUAUUUGUUUUGCUUUGUUAGCUUAUUAAUUUCAUCUGUUUCUGACACCUCCCUAUCAGUUGCCACUGUUAAUUUAUGUGCAUGUAAUGAAAAUAAAAACUCCCUCUCAUCUCCCUUUAUUUGAAUAGCAUUGUUAAUGAAAUGUAAUUUCUAAUUCAAGCAUGCUGGUUUCUUUAUUUUGUCUGACUGAAUUCUCACCUAAUUUUUCAACUUUUGGAUACACUUACCCUAUAGAGGUGUAGACAAAUUGCUUAGCGAUGAAAUAUUAUUUGUACACUGUUACUGUCCAAUGUGGCAGUGUAAGCCUGGUGUAUGGAGGGGUAACCACCAAACUGAAAAGCUGGGUUACUUUUGAUGUCCUAAAAUUAAGGAAUUUGUGCUGGGAGGAAGUGUGCGUGUGUGUAUGCGAAAGGGAAGCAGCUCUUCUUGUCUGAUAUUUUUCACUGUUUUCAGUUGUAAUCAACUGCUCCCCAUUCUUUAUUGCUUAGAGAAUCGCGGUCAAAUGUUAGAGGAGGAAUUAAUAUCCAAGAAAGUUUUCUCUACCUGCUUCACCUCAAGAUUAGCCAAUUUUAUAUUAAAAUAAAUUCAACAAUUUCCUUAGUGCCAAGAUAUUGGUCUUGCAAAUUGUAAUAUAUAUAUACAUACAUAUAUAUAUAUUAAUAUAACAGCUUUUUCUUUUCUUUUUUCUUUUUUUUUUUUUGUAAUUUAAUCCUUUAAGUUGAGGCUGGGAGCAAUAGUGGAGAGAAAGUGUUAGUUUUACUAUCAAAUGCAAUCUGAACUUUCUCGUGUAAUGUUUGUUAUUUUAUUCUUAAACUUUUUUUUUUUUCCUAUUGAUCAUUUGUCAUGGAUCUAAUAAUGCCUGCAAAGUAACCAUUCGCUGCCCAUGUCUAGGACUUGACAAAGUUCUGACUGACUCUGUCUCUACUGUAUAAUCUGUCUCUGUAUUGUCCUCCGAAAUAAAACUUAAACCUGAAGAAUUA